GAAGAAGACAGAACACGGAAGCUGCAAGGGAUUUUACUAUGAGUUUACCUUUCCUGGUGACUCUUAUUUCCACCCACCGUGUUUUUAAUCGUUGUUUGGCGGUGGAUAGUUGAACUGUAAUGACACAAUACGUUGUGACCGUCUGUCAAAAGAACCUGAAGAGAUAAUGUUCGUCAAACGACGGACGGGCGGUCGUGGGACAGUCGCGGAGCUGCUGUUUUGACAGCUGGGUCCACCACCGCGUCUGUCUGUCAUUCUGUGUCAAAUAGAAAUAAAGACCACGGAGGUACACAUUACACCGAGGGGUUCACUUUAAUGCAGAGACGAACGUGUGAAGGCGAUUGAAGAAAAGUUUCUCAACGAGCCGAAGGCAUGGCUUCGUCCCGGCUGAAGUACCUCUCUCUGGGCGUGCUGGUGUUCCAGACCACCUCCCUGGUGCUCACCAUGAGGUACUCCCGCACCCUGCAGGCCGAGGGGCCGCGGUACCUGGCCUCCUCCGCCGUGGUGGUGGCGGAAGUCAUGAAGAUCGUCGCGUGCGUGCUGCUCGUGUUCAAAGAGCACAGUUACAGUGUGAGAGCUCUGAACAGCGUCCUUCGUCAGGAAAUCCUGCACAAACCCAUCGAAACACUGAAGCUGGCGAUCCCUUCAGGGAUCUACACGCUGCAGAACAACCUGCUGUACGUCGCCCUGUCCAACCUGGACGCAGCCACGUAUCAGGUGACAUACCAGCUGAAGAUACUGACCACAGCUCUGUUCUCUGUGUCCAUGCUGGGCCGCAGGCUGGGAGUCUACCAGUGGCUCUCCCUGCUGAUCUUGAUGGCCGGAGUGGCUCUUGUUCAGUGGCCCUCUGAUUCUGCCUCAGGCACUGAGAAGGAGGCCCCCUCUGCAGGCUCCCAGUUCGUCGGGGUCAUGGCGGUUCUGGUAGCGUGCUGUUCCAGCGGCUUCGCGGGCGUUUACUUUGAGAAGAUCCUGAAGGAGAGCAAGCAAAGUGUCUGGGUCCGGAACAUCCAGCUCGGCAUGUUCGGCCUGGUGUUCGGCCUCUUUGGGAUGCUGGCCUACGAUGGGGAGAGGGUGAAGGAGUCAGGGAUGUUUCAGGGGUACAACACACUCACCUGGGCUGUCGUAGCCCUGCAGGCGCUGGGUGGUCUGGUCAUAGCAGCGGUCAUCAAGUAUGCAGACAACAUCCUGAAAGGCUUUGCUACAUCGCUCUCCAUCAUCCUGUCAACACUUAUAUCGUACUUCUGGCUGCAGGACUUCGUCCCUACAAGCGUGUUCUUCCUCGGAGCCGUUUUGGUCAUCGCGGCUACUUUCCUGUACGGCUACGAAGGCAAGCCGAGCUCCAACCCCAGCAGGGCGUAGGCUGACUCGACAGCAGCAGAGGGAGGUCAUGUUGGAGCCUCAAGUUGCAUAGGAAGGAGGAGUGCAGAGAGACCGAUGGGAAAAGAAGGGGGGAGAGUUUCGUCACGUAUUGUGAUCAGCAAGA